AUGUUCGCGCGGAUCUCGCCUCGUUAUGACCUCAUGAACUCCCUUAUGACCGGCGGUCUGCACCACCGCUGGAAACGCGCCACUGCCAAUCUGACCGUGCGGAACGCCGUCGGACCGGCGUUGGAUGUCGCCACCGGGACCGGUGACCUGGCCUUCGCCCUCGCCGACUGCCCCAACGCGACGAAAGUCGUCGGCAUGGAUUUGUUGCCGGAAAUGUUGUCCAUAGCGAACCGGCGACGAGCCGCCAGACACGACCAAGGUAAACCCGUACAAUUCGUCCAGGGUGACGCUCUGCGAUUGCCUUUUCCGGACGGCUCCUUCGUCGGUGCCACCGCCGGCUUCAGCCUCCGCAACAUGCCCGACGUGCCAUCCGCAAUCCGGGAGAUGGCUCGGGUGGUUGCGCCCGGCGGCCGGGUUACCACGCUGGAGUUGACACCCAUGCCCCCGGGAAUUGCGUCCACCGUGGGCAGUUUCUAUUUCCACCGCCUGGUCCCGCUGAUGGGGCAAAUCGUCGCCGGUGAUCGGACCGCCUACACCUACCUGCCCAACAGCGUCGAUUACUUCCUAACCGCCGACGGUUUGGCCGAUGUAUUCCGCCAGGCCGGACUGGUCGACGUCGGUUACCGUCGCCUGGGCCUUGGAGGCGUGGCUUUGCAUUUCGGCGACCGGCCGGGGUGA